AUGGGUCUAGCAGGUACUAAAGUGAAGCAAAGAUUUGGUAUGGAUCCACGUAAUACCAAAUGGGCCAACAAUACAGAUAGAUUUGGACAUCAAUAUAUGGAAAAAUUAGGUUGGAAACCAGGCUCAGGGUUAGGUUUAGUUUCUCAUGCUAUGACAACUCAUGUUAAAGUUGCCAUUAAAGAUGAUACUGUUGGUUUAGGUGCUAAAUUAUCCAAAAAAAAUAAAAAGGAUGAAUUUGAUAGUGGUGAAUGUGCAGGUUUAGAUGUUUUUCAAAGAAUUUUAGGAAGAUUGAAUGGUAGAGAAGAUGAAAUUAGUAAAGAAUUAGAUAUUCAGAAGAGAGAAAACAUUAUCAAUGGGAAAUGGGGGAUGAGUUUUGUUAAAGGUGAUGUUUUGAAAAGUACAUGGGAUGCUGAAUCUAAGAAGUUGAUUGCAAGUAAGAAGAGAAGUAGAGAUGAUGAUGAAGAUGAUAAGGAAGAUGAAGAGAAGAAGGAAAAGAAAGAUAAGAAAGAGAAGAAAGAGAAGAAAGAAAAGAAGGAAAAGAAAGAGAAAAAAGAGAAGAAAGAGAAGAAAGAUAAAGAUGAAGAAAAGAAAGAUAAAAAGAAGGAUAAGAAAGAUAAAAAGGAUAACAAACACAAGAAAGAAAGUUCUGAAGAAGCAGUUACUCGUGAUAGUAUGUUGGCACCAAGUUCAAGAGAAGAUACACCUGUUGGUCUUCGUCAUAUAAGGUCCAGAUGGAUUAAGCAAAAAAGAGCAGCCACAUUAGAUUCAAAAGCACUAAAUGAAAUCUUCAUGAUAACGAAUUAG